CUGAACGCAUAUUGGCGUGAAAGUGGCUUUACUGGGAAGGGCAUUGAACAUCUUGACCCAAUUAUUGCUUUAAGUGAGCAGUUGAUGCCGUUAAGUACAGUCAGCCGCUAAAUAUGUCGGACACGUCAGAAGAGGAGGAGGAGCAGAAUACAAUCGGAGAGUACAACGGAGACAGAAACGAAGCCAAGCAGCGGCAUGGGUAUGGAGUUGCGCAUCUCCCGAAUGGUGACAUUUAUCGCGGGUACUACAACGAGGGAAAACGUCACGGCAGAGGGCAUUACCGCUUCAAGAAGAACGGUAGUCGCUAUACCGGUGAAUGGCAAGAUGGCAAGAAGCAUGGCCGAGGAGUAUUUGUCUACCCCGACGGCACCAGAUACGAGGGAAAUUGGGAAGAUGAUAUGAAGUCAGGCCAGGGUACGUAUUACUUUGCCAACGGAAAUAAAUACGUCGGUGAAUGGCGCGAGGAUAUGAGACAGGGAAUGGGCAUCUGUUUCUGCCCGGCUUCUAACUGCAAGUACGUCGGAGAAUGGGAAAAUGACCGACGGAAUGGCAAGGGUACGCUGGUGCACGAGGACCACAGGUUCGAUGGGUUGUGGAAGGACGACCUGCCAAACGGGCCCGGCUGCUACGUGUUCGGCGAUGAGCUUGUACAGGAGGGAGUGUACAUCGUGCGCGAGCAGGAGCUGAGCGACGAAGAGAUGGGCCACAGCGUCGACGAAGACGAGCCCUCGCUCAAUCUGGUGCCCAUCUGGCGGGCAGAGAGAGUGCUGUGCGGUGAAGCAGCUGUAAACCGGAUCCAGCACGGUCUGGUGGACUUGGAGAGGGUCGCCAGCCACGUCAGCAUCGGCUCAGCGAUGCUGGUGCCCGAGAAGCCUCCUCCCCCGCCGGCGGAGCCUGAACAGCCCGAGCAGCCGGAGGCCGGAGAUGCGCCGGCAGACGGCGCUGCUGACCAGGACGAACCUUCCGAGGCGCCGUCCGAGGAGGCCGGCGACGAGGCCGAGACAACCAAGUCCGAGCUGGCCGGAGAUGCGGAGGAGGAGGCGGAGGAGGAGGAGCAGGAGCAGUGA